AUGCCGUCGGAACUCAUGCAGUCGCAGUCGCAAGCACACCCUCCAACGAGGCCAGCGGCGUCGCAUCAGCGCUCGGCCAGUUCCACCCUCAACGAGUCGAUCCCAACGAGCCCGUCUCGACCCCAACACGACGGAGGAGCAGGAGCAGGAGCACCUCAUGGGACGAAGCCCCCAAAGGCACAAAAGCACGUCGUCCAGCAUCAUCACGGCGGUCUACGGACACAUACUCGAGUCCCCUCUUCCAAAACGGUCCCAAAGCUCUCCAGAGCCCAUGAUCAGGGCUCGCUCACAGAUCUAAAGAAAGCCGCCGUUCGGAACUCCUCAGCCACCAACCUCACCAAGAGGCACACCCCCAGCUCGGCGCUGAAGCGCAAUCGCUCCUCCGCCGAUAUACCAAGACGCCCCAGGUCGCCGAAAUCGAGGAGUAGCGACGAGGCAAAGGCCAAAGCGAAGAAGAAGGUUGCGACUGUUCAGUUUGAGCUGGGUGACGAGCAGGAGCAGGACGACGAGGAUGCUGAUGCGGCUGAGGGGUGGGAGGAAGCCAGCUCUUCCGCGUCGCCUGCAUUGUCGAGGACCGUUUCGCGCAACGGGAGAUUGAAUGACAACGGUUCUGGACAGGCGUCUCCUCUCGCUCAUCCCCAAUCGCCUUCCAAGAAGAACGUCGACGACGACGACGGAGGGUCGCCCCUCAAUGGGACCAGGAAGGAUACAGAUACAAGCACAACUACUACUACUACAAGCGCCGCAGAUGCGAAAUCUAUAACAGAACGACUCCUCAAACGUGUCCCUUCGUACCACGCAACGACGACGAAGAUGUCCCUCGCAACAGCGACGCCCACCACCGUAGGACAACACUCCUCCUCCUCCUCCUCCCUCGUCAGAACACCGCAGAUAGGUAGUAAAGAAGAUGUGAUAUCGCGAUUCGUCACCGGAUCCGGGACGCCGAGCGACAAUUCCCCAUUACUCCAACACCAUCGCAAUGAGCGGCACGCACAGAGAAACCAAGGCAAGGACGAAGUCAAACGCGCACAGUCAAUGGGAAACCUCACCAACCCCUCCCAGUCGCAACCUCAGUCCGACGAAUCCGACGAGGAACGCGCCAUCCUCCCACGCUCGCGCAAAUCUUCCACAUCCACCGCACCCCCAAAUAGCGCAUACAAUCCCCCGCAGCAAUCGCGCACCCAGCAGAAACUCUGGCUCCAGCGCGCAAGCUCGAAUAUCGAGCCCGCCCAGAUGACUCCCGGGUCGGGCGCUGGGUUAGUCGGCGACGGACGGGAUCCGAGGAUCAGAUUGCAGCUAGAGAAGACCGGACUAGAGUAUCUCGUUGUGAGGAGGUAUCAAGAUCCGGUAGGGAAGGCGGUUCGCCGGUUAGAAAAACUACCGGGGAUGGAGAGCGUGAGGGAGAGGAGGAUCCCGAAGGGGAGGGAGAGUAGGAGGGGUGUUCGGAGUAGGGGUGAUGGGGUCGCGAGUGCCCAUGGGAGUUUUGACGCGAGACGUUCGGGAGUGGGGAGUCUAGAUAGUUUGGGGGGUGGAGAAGGCAGACAGGAUGAUGAUUGCGUGGAUGCUAUAUUGAGGAGUCUGUGGGAGAAGAGCUAUGAUCUGAGCGCGAGCGAGGAUUGA